UCGGCACUCCAUCAUGAUGUACACGACACUUUCGGUUAAAUAAUCUUAUUGUGUUCAAAAAUACACCCUACGCUGAUAUUACACGACAUCCGGUCCAACGGCGCCAGCCUGCGGAUCAGGUAACCCAAGGUUUUUUCAAUUUGGGAGCCGAAGUACUUUAGAAGGGUAACAGGACACCUACCACUCAGUCUACGUCGUUGGGCCAUUUUAAUGGAUCAAAUUGGAGUACAAAAACCUCCGACAACUCGGCACCCACAAUCGGAUAGCAUCACCUUAAAAUCGCCCGGCAUCCCUCUCAUUUCUCACAAGGGGCUUCCUUCCUUCCUUCCGACCUCGACCUCUUCUCUGUUUCUGAGAACAAGCCUGAACUCAACGACAAUCCCGGCGGUGGUACAUUUGACGAUCUGAAUAUCUUUGAAAUCAUCGACAUGAAUUCCACCCAGGGCCCGACAUCACCGACAAUGCCUCCACCUGCCGUCCAGAACCAGGUUUUGCAGUAUCCAACAGGCAAGAACAAACGCGACGGUGAAGAUGAUGCUUCGGCUAUGGUGAUGUUGAAGAAUUAUUUGUUUGAGCAAGUCGAUGGAGAGCGGUCCAUAGCGCCCCUAUCUGUGUAUUGCUUCAUGACUGGUUUCACUGACUCGAUUACAUACACUGCUACAUUUAUCUGGUGCGCUUUCCAAACGGGAAACAGUCUAAGACUGGCCAUUGCCUUUGCUCGCCUGUUCGACGGGCAGCAUGACCCCUCAUUCGAUGUACCGGAUGGUCUAGCACUAUGCUCAUUGCUCAUGUUCAUUUUCGGUGCCUUCAUGGGCCGCCUCGGUGAUAGGUUGGGCUGCAAGACACGGUUGUGGUUGACCCUCGGCACGUUCAUUCAAACCCUCUUGACAAUGGUCGCUACUAUUGCGAUAUGGAAGAGCCAUCAGGGUAGCAUUGCUGAUGAUCCCGCCCACCCCGCAUGGACCAGCGUGUUGUCCUUUGUGUGCAUCGGCUCCAUGAGCGCGAGCAUGGGCUUGCAGGCCAUUAUGGGGAAGCGUAUCAAUACGCAGUUCACUACUACAGUUGUGUUCACGACGAUUUGGUGUGAGCUCAUAGCUGACCCUAAGCUCUUCCACAUCCGACGAAUCGUCAAUUCGCGCGAUCAUAAGAUCCUGGCUAUCAUCUGCAUGUUUUUGGGAGGCGUCGUCGGCCGUGUAUUGAUUGACAGAUUUGGUUCAGCUACUACGUUGGCUAUCGGUACAGUAAUCCGUUUGAUUAUCACUGUAUGGUGGCUUUUCAUCCCUGAGGAGCAGGGUAGAAUAUGUUUAUGAAGUGCUUAUAUGCGUGUUUACGACCAUGUACAUAUUUUUAUUGCUGACGACUCACCAGUAGCUGUAGUUUGGAUGUAUCAGUCUUUGUAACACAACGAAAAAUCGGAUACAUCAAUGUGCUCGCUCAAUGUUCGACUUGUAACGCUUUGAAUUCCAACUCAUGUUGAACUCACCCCGCAUCAUGAUCAUCGCAAGCUGCUUGGUUCUGCACUUGGUCC